CUCUUUCUUAUAUUACUGUAUUUAUCUUUCCUUUUCUUUUUUAUUUAAUUUUUUUUUGUUAAUUCUUUACACAACAAAAAUACACGGAAUGUGUGUUCAUUCAUCAUAUUAUAUCCCAAUCCUUCCUUGUUCCUUUUAUUUUUAUUCCUCGAUGCAAUUAUGCAAAUAAUAAUUGAAACGCUAAGAACACAAAGAAGAAAGAGAGAGAUAAAACAUAUAUAUAUAUAAUAAGUGGAAGAGAAUUCUUUUAAAAAAUUGUGAGUGAACGUGUGCAAGAAAGAGAAGCAUAUACUGUGUUGUAUGCGUGUGCGUGAGAGAGAUAGAGAUAAAAAGAGAAAGAGAGAGAGCUAGUGGAAAAUCGUGAAACACGAAGAAUACGAGAAACGUUUUGCUUGUAUGUUUUUUGUUUUUGUUUUUUUUUUAAACCUGCACCUGCACCUGCAGUUUGAAAGCACCUUAAACGAUCGUAUUAGGUUGAUAUUUGAGAAAUCUAAUCAUAAAAAAAUAUUUGACGACGGAAAUAAUAUUACUUGUACUUUAGACAAUCCUUUCGAUGAUAAAAGAUAAGAAUAACACACGAUAAUUUGUUCGUCGUUGUAAUAUAUAGGUUAUAAUAUGACGCGAUUCGUUCUCUAGUGAAUUUCUCUGACCGCCCCGUCGGUGUACUUCGUUGUCGUUCGUCAAUCGUCGUCAUCGUAGUAAGUCAUAGUCGUCGUUGUUCUCACAAAAUAUAUUCCGCUUUUAUAAAGGACAUCUCACGAAGAGGAGGAUGUGACGGUGGUGGUGGGUGGAAAAAGGGUUUUUUUUUAAAAGAAUUUGAUUCGUCCUGGACUCUCUUGUUUGUUCCUUCGUUCCUUCGUACAUCACAGAUUCUCAGUUCUCUGAUUGUUUCUUUCUCUUGAUUGUGUUUUCUUUUCUAGUAAAUUAGAUAAUUUCUGUUAUCUUUUAGAUAAUCCGUUACUUUACGAUAUAUACACAUGUAUAUAACAUGUAUGUGUGCCUGCGUGUGCGUGUAUAAUAUAUAUUGCGCGUAUAUGUAUUAUUCCAGCUCGUCCACUUAACUGAACUAUAGAGAGACAACACAAGUUUUCAUCUAACUUCGUCCGUCGUAGUCGUCAUCGUGUUUGGUUGCAUACUAUUCAAACAAGAUUGUUAGUGUUUUCCAACCCAAUGAAGAAGAAGGGUCGAUUGAAAUAUGUCGUGUUUAUGUGAUCAACAAAACUACUACUACUACUACUGAUGUUACUACUGAUUCUUUCAAAAGUUACCGACCGAGGAAAAAGUAACUAGUGUUUUUGUUCUUUAUUGUUAUUGAGUGAUAAAAGGAAGAAAAAGAAUAGAAAAAAGGACAAAAGGAUCUAUGAAUAAUCUUCCAAUCGUUACCAUAAUAUACAGUAUUCAACAACCUAACAAGAAAAUUAAAGCCGCCGGGCCAAAUUUGUUUGGAGAAAUUCGAAGGAGAUCCGCCGGACUGCCUUCCACAGCUGACGUCAUUACCGUACAUAAUGCGCUAGGGGUGAUGGAGACAGUGGGCAAACAGGUCCAGGUAGUGAGUGGACUGGGGGUGGGGGGCCCAGUGGGCCCGGUCGGCCCAGUGGGGGGAGACCUGCACCACCAUCACCAUCCUCACCCCCAUUCGCAUCCACCACACCCGCACUCCCACCCUCACGGACAUCCCCAUGGGAGUCACGGGCAUUCGCUUGUUGGCGGUACGUCGACCCCUGGUAGGGCUCAGGCUCAACCAGCGGUCUCUCAUAAUCAACAUUUGCCUCCGAGAUCCACCCCCGUACAAAUGCACAGGCCGACGCAGAAUUACGUGAACAUCAAAAGCAGCAGUAGUCCGGUAUCACCAAGAACUGCCGGUGCAGGAACGUCGUAUAUCCAAGGAGGUGCAGCAGCGGCAUCGUCAGCGGCUGCUGCAACGGGAGGAAGCGGUGCCACGAGCUCGGGUGCAUCAGGUCCAUCGAAUAGCAGCAAUAGCAGCGGCGCCGGCGGUGGCAAUAGUGGUAAUGGUGGUGGGGGAAGCAUUAGCGUAGUUGGCGGUGGUGGCAGCACCGUCAACGCUGUAGUGGGUGGAGGAGGAGGGGGAGUGAGCGUGGUAACGCAGCCUGGCGGAGGAAGUGGAAACAGCGGGAAUGGCGSCAACUGUUCAGUUGUUGGAGGAGGAGGAGGAAGUGGCAGUAGUAGUAGUAACAGUAAUAACACCAGUGGAAAUGUCAGUGGUGUUAGUGGUGUAUCAGGGUCCAGUGGGAAUCCAAAUGGUGGUGUUGGAAGUGGUGGUGGAGGAGGUGGUAGCGGUACUGGCGGCGCCGGUGGUACUGGUCCACCAUCCGGUUACGUUACUGUACCGAUGCCAGGUGGUAUACGAUACAUCCAUUCUUAUCCACAAACUUCAUCGUCGGUAUCCUCUGGUCCGUCGGUAGUAUCAUCGGGUUCAGCAACUUCAGCGGCAGCCGUAGUUGCGGUUUCAAACUCGGCAUCAGCAGUCGCGGCCGCAGCCGCUGUUGCUGCUGCAGCCGCGGCUGCUGCUGCUGCUGGUUCUAUACCACCAAAUUCUGUACCAGCAACUGCAUCAACCGCUAGCAUCAGUCAAACACCACCGCCUCCUACGGGAAGCGGAUAUGUUCCGAGAGACGCCUAUCGUGGCCCUACAACAAACGUGAACGAGAGGAUUGCUAUAAGCGUUAGCAGUAGUCCAUUGUCACAAGUUGGAUUGGGCGUCGGUGUAGUAGCUGGUGAAUAUGGAGCUGGUGGUAGUAUUAAUAGUGGUAUGGGAAGUGGUAGAGGAGAAAGGCCAAGGAUGUCCUUGUUGUCAUCGGCAUCAGUUGCCCCAGCACAAACACCGGCUGUGGGAUCGGAUUAUCAUAUGCCAAGUGCGAGGAAUCCAAGAGUAGGCCUUAUACCCGUUCAAACGGAUCAGUAUGGUAGUCGUACUCCUGUUGAGAUGACAACAUUGCAAGAUGCUCCGCCGUUCAAAAAGAUACGCCUUGGUCCACCAACUCAGGUUCAAAUACAAUCACAAUCUCAGUCACGAUGUCAGAGUCUUCCACCAACCGAUGCUUGCAUCAAACAAGAACACGUUGUACCCUUGCAACAACCAUUGAGGAUAGACACUAGGCCUGCCACAGGUGCGUACACACCUCAAACGGAAGCGAUAUCCCCAACGCUUCCGGAAACCAAUACGCAAGAAGAUGCACAGUUUCGUACUACGAAAGACGAUCUUCUUCAACAGAUUGGUAAAGUUGAUCGGGAAAUUGCCAAGAGGGAAACUCAGAUUUUUAAACUUCGGAAAAAGUUAAAGGAAUUGGAGGAAGCUGCUAAUAAACCAUUGGAGGCUAGCGGUCUUAAGCGACAAAUAGAAGAACAGUCGCAACAACCAAAGCAUCAAUCAUUGGCGCAGAAAAUUUAUGCUGAAAAUAGAAGAAAAGCGGAAGAAGCGCAUAGACUUUUAGAAAGAUUGGGUCCUAAGGUGGAAUUGCCAUUGUAUAAUCAACCAUCGGAUACCAGUGUUUAUCAAGAAAAUCGUACGAGGCAUCAAACUUGUAUGAGAGCUAGAUUAAUAAUAAGAUUAAGAAGGGAACAUGCUGAAAGAGCGUCACUUCACAGGCAGCAGUCUCAAUCUUAUGCGAUUCUCGUACAAGAAUGGCAUCGGAAGGUUGAACGAUUGGAAGCAAAUCCGAAAAAAAAAUCUAAAGAAGCGAAGAAUCGUGAAUUUUUCGAAAAGGUAUUCCCCGAAUUAAGAAAACAAAGGGAAGACAAAGAACGUUUCAACAGGGUUGGUGCUCGUGUUAAAAGCGAAGCUGAUCUUGAAGAAAUUAUGGAUGGUCUUCAAGAGCAAGAGAUGGAAGACAAAAAAAUGCGUUCGUACGCUGUCAUACCACCUCUACUUUUGGAUACCAAGCAACGAAGGAUUGCAUUUCAAAAUCGUAAUGGUUUACUUCAAUUAGAGGAACUUGAAGCUUUACAUAGUGAAAGAAAAUUAAUAAACGUAUGGAGUUCUGUGGAACAUGAAUUGUUCAAAGAGAAAUAUUUGCAACAUCCGAAGAAUUUCGGUGCGAUAGCACAAUCUUUAGAACACAAGUCUGUUCCAGAUUGUGUACAUCAUUACUACCUCACUAAGAAAGCUGAAAAUUAUAAACGAUUGCUACGAAGAUCUCGACAACGGGCACGCAGUGCUCGUAACAAUCCUAAUAAUAAGGUAAAUAAUAGUAAUUCUACUAUUGGACCUAUCGACAUAUUGACAACGGGAGUUACCACAAGGCUGCAACGUGAGCAGCAACAAAAGACGCAGGAAAAUCCUCAGAAUAAUAAUACAGCAACAUCAGCAGCGGCAACAUCAUCAUCAUCAUCUUCAUCAUCAUCAUCAACGGCGGCUACAACAACAACAACAACAGCAGCAGCAACAACAACAACAUCAUCAUCUACAGCGACAACAACGACUACUACAUCAUCAACGUCGAGUAUAUCAACUGGUACAACUACUACAGCGUCCUCAUCAUCAUCGUCAACAAGUACGUCGUCGUCGUCGUCGUCGUCAUCAUUGUCGUCGUCAACGUCGACGACAACUACUACGACUACUGGUGCAGCAUCGACGACGACGACCACGACGACGACGACGACGACGACGGCUACGACGACGACGAUGACAGGUGCUCAGGGUUCUCUGAUUAUGAGCACGAAUAUGUCUUCUACUGAUUCUGUUACGACAGCAACGACAACGUUAACAACAGCAGCCACAACCAGCACCACCAGCACGACCAGCACGGCGACGAUAGCAGCGACAACGAUUAGUUCAAUCCUGAUGUCGAUUUUCUCAUCAACUACUACGACGACAGCACCGACUAAUACGAAGGAUAAUAAAGAAGUCGGUAAAGAAAACAAGGAGAACAACAAAGGGGUGGAUAACAAGGACUCCUCGCAUAUUAUUAAAGUUGACGUUAAAGAAGAAUCCAUCACGGAUAAUAAUCCUACCAAUAAGGACGUCAAAGUCAUAAUGGAAGGUAAAAAUACGUUGUCAGGAUCAGCAGCAGCGUGUUCGUUAAACGUCAACACCACCAAUGUACCUGCCAUGCAGUCCGAGUUUAAGGAUACGGGUAAAAAGAAGACUAGUUGUAGGGAAACAACCGGUGGUAAUAAUAGUAGUGGUAUUAAUACGGCAGCUACUAGUAGGAUUAAGGAUAAGAAAAAAGAAAAUCAUGCCAAUCCAAUGGAAACCAGUGAUGAAGAAGCACAAUCCACGGAUAUCAUUGAAGGCGGUAGACAGAUAGGACCUCACGCAUGUACAGUUUGUCAAGACGUUGUUGAAGGAAACGCCCAGAGUCGUGCAUUACCACGUAGCCAAGCUUCCCAAUAUGGUUUAAGAGAGGAUCAAGUACCACCAGGUGCAAGAGUAUGUAAUACCUGUAGAUGCAAAGCCGUUAGAGGACGUUACACAGCCUGUCCAUUACCUGGUUGUCCUAAUCUCAAUAAUAGUAGUUCCAAGACCAGAGUUAAACGAUUACGCGCACUUCCAGCCAAAUGGCUUGAUUUACCACCAGAAAUUAGAGAACAAAUUAUUCAAGAAUUUCAGAUACCAAGUAGCACUACCAAGUGUUGUUCGGCAUGUUUCAAUCGAAUAUCAAGAAGAUUGGCAUCACAUUUAACCGGUGGUGGUACAGACAUUUCUGAGGAUGGUACAGAUUCAUUGAUGAGACAAUGGACCGAUGAAGAAUUGGAUCAAUUGAAAAGGGCAUUGCGUGAACAUGGUACCAAUUGGUCAAAGGUUGCUGACAAAAUUCCGGGAAAGACUAAUCACCAAUGUAAAAAUUAUUAUUUUACUUAUCGGAAAAAGUAUUGCUUGGAUCAAAUAGUAGCCGAAUAUUAUCAAUCAUUGGGCGAAGAAAGAAGACCAUGUUUGACCGAUGAAGAAGAAAGUGGUAGCAGUACGAGUAGUUGCGACGAAUUAGCCGUGCAUGAUUCAAGUGACACGGCAAGUGCUGGUAGUCCAGCUAACACUGUAACCGGCAGUACAACAGCACAAACAACAUCCUCAACGUCGUCAACAUUGCCUAUUACGUUUGCACAAUCAAUAGAUUCUAAAAUUGGGGAUAAACUAACAGAAAUAGCUGUGGUUUCUUUGAUUCCACCAGUUAGCAUUGGAUCAUCUCAACAAUCCUCGGCCAGUGUUGGUGCUGGUGCUGGUGGUGGUACUAUUGUAACGGCGGGCAAUAGAGAAGAUUACGAUAGUUCUGCCACGGAGACGGCGGACGAAGGUCAGGGUGGCGCAGAUUUGGACAAUAAUAGUGUUGUUGUGACACUGACUACUGCCAGCAAUAACAAUUCAUCAUUGCAACAACAUCCGCAGGCACCACCUGUAGUGCAUUCACCACCAUCAAACAAGAGCAGUAAUAACAAUCCCUUAACGGUGAAAGAUCUCAUGUUAGGCGUGAUAGAAAUGCAAUUGAAAAGAACUCCGAAUAGUCCAGCCGGUACCGGUGAUUUAUCGGUGCCCGUUAAUUCCGGUACACCGACGAUAUCGAGUAUUUUACAAUCGGAUCAUAUGGAUGAUCAUCCACCUUUUUAUCGUGAUUUCAAUCAGAGUAUCAUCAAGGCUGCGAUGGCAAGCCGCGAGGCAAAUUUGGCAACACUUUCAGUAGUAUCGGGUCCUCAUCAUAGUCAUCGUUCUGCACCGAGUCCUCAACAAAUUGGUCAAAUGCAAGCAACUAUCACACCUUGUCCACCAACAACGCUUAGUAGCCAAAGUUCAUCAUCGGAUAUGUUACCUAAAGAAGGCCUAGUCGUGAUGCAAGUACAACAGGCAUUACGUGAGACCGAGGGUACCCUCGACUUGAGUAUCAAAAAGCCAAGACAACAACAAGAAUACAAUCACACGAUGCAAACUAUUCAUAAGCCAUCGACAGUAACAAUUUAUCGUUCGGAACCACCUAUUGGUUCAUUUUAUCAUCCUCACGCUCCUCAUUCAGAUCAAGGACGAGGAGCUAAGAGUCCUUUAAUUUAUGCAGCCUCGCCUAGACCACAAGCUCCUCUAACACCGAAGAUGAACAAAGUAUCCGUACCACCACCUCAUCCAAAAUUAUCACCGAAGUUAAGUAACAUUGGAACGGCUACUCAUAAAGGUGGAUCCAUCACUCACGGUACACCAGUGUCGAGUGCACGUUACGAAGGUUUGUUAAGACAAAUGACACCUCCUGGAAAUACAAGUAGUGGUGUGAGUACUGCAAACGUACCAACUGGUGGUGUUGGUUCGGUAGUCAACACUUCAGGAAGUCAAGGUCCGAAAGAAGCUGGCUCGAUAACUCAAGGUACACCGGUUCAUCCGUUCACGGUAGAAAAACGUCCACCAAUGUACGAUUAUCGUACCAUUCGACACUCACCCGUGACCACUGGAAACGUUCCUGGACAAGGUCAGGUUCAGCCAGCGGCAGCCACAGUAGUGGUAACUCAUAGCAAUCAAUAUAACUCUUAUUCGAGUCGACCACCACCAAGUUACACGAUGGAACAACAAUUGUCAUCGAGACAAUUGAUCAUGAACGAUUACAUAACCAGCCAACAAAUGCACGCUCGUAGUCGUGGCAGCAGCGGCACCUCGGCAGAAACUGCGGCUAAGAACGAAUCACCUUCGACACUUUACUUUCCAAGUACACCACCACCUCAAACGCACACGCAAAAUCGUCAAGGUGUCAUACAAAGGCAUAAUACGCAAAAACCGAUGCAUUAUGCACCACCCCCGCCUGGGUUAGAAGCGUUCUCGAGUCUGGUAGAUGUAGCGGUACAACAACCGAGUCUUCCAGUUCCACAUCCCCAUAGUCAUCCUGCUUCGGGCAGUGGUGGUCACGAAGGAUUAGGAAAAACAAUGGCGGAUAGAUUGUUGGCCGAUCGAUUCGUCGAUAACAACAGGGUAUUCCGCGAAGAGAUACGUCUGCAAGAACAACAUCGUAUGGCGAUUCAACAACAGCAUCAAGUUGAACACAGAAUGGCUCUUGCGCAUCAUCAUCAACGUGACAGAGAAAGGGAACGCGAUUUAGCUCAUUUACGUGAAAAGGAGGAACACAGGUUGCAAAGAGCAGAAAAUGAAUAUCAUUUGGAACAACGUUUGGCUGUUCAGCAACAUCAUUUACGUGAGAAAGAGAUUCAACAACAAGAACACCGUUUAAUACAACAACGUGAAAAAGAAAUCCAACACGUAGAUCAUAGAUUAUCGUUACAACAAAGGGAAAAGGAACAUGCCGAACAUCGCAUGUCCGUUCAUCAACAAAGAGAAAAGGAAAUACAUCAACAAAUGGCAGCUGCUGCUGCGGCUCAAAGGGAAAAAGAACAUCAGGAGCAAAGUUUGAGAGCUCAGCAACGAGAAAAAGAAUUGCAACAUGAAAGGCUUAUUAGUCAUCAACAAAGGGAAAAAGAAAUGCAACAUCAACACGCGGAACAUCGUUUGGCCAUGCAACAACAAAGGGAACGAGACUUUGCUCAUAUGCAACAACAACAACAGCAACAGCAACAACAACAACAACAAAUACACCAACAUAUUCAACAACAGCAUCGCUUUGAAGUUGAGAGACGACACAUGGUGCAAUUGUAUCGCGACCAACAACAACAGCAACAACAACAGCAACAACAAAUAGAUAGAGAAUCCUCAAGAUUAUUGAGCAGCGGAUUUUCACAAUCCUCGAGACUUCAACAACCACAACAACAACCAUCCCAACAACCAUCCCAACAACAAUCGCAAUCGUCAUCCCGUCAACAAAAUCAAUCCUCUAAUCAACAACAAAACGAAACUUCGUCGACUAUGACUGCAGCGAGUUUGAUAGAUGCCAUUAUAACGCACCAGAUUAAUCAGAGUGUUGAGAAUACUGGAGGACGUGCAGUGUCCAAUAAUCAACCUACUCGACCAGGCGAUAGAUUAUUCCAAGAAUUCCAUCUAGACACACAGACAGAACCUAAUGGCAUGGUACACAGUCCAGCAAGUGAGGGGAGAGGAAACAGCGGAGCAGGUGGUGGAGGUGGCAACGGAAGCGGAAACAAGGCUAUUACUCUAGGGGAACAUGUCGAUCAUAUUGUAACUAAAGAUUACGGGCCUCUACAUUCAUCGUAUAGAUCUUAUACCGGAUAUCAAAUUUCGGAGGAACAAUGGAAGUUGCGGAAAGGAAACGAAGCUGACUCCGUGAAGACUGGUGACGAACGACAGAUAAUACGAGUUGCUCAACAACAAUCCCAACAACAGCAACAGCAGCAGCAACAACAGCAGCAACAGCAGCAACAACAACAACAACAGCAACAACAACAGCAGCAACAGCAGCAACAACAACAGCAACAACAACAACAACAACAACAACAAUCCUCAUCCUCGGUGGGGAAGCAACAGUUCCAUUCCGUCGAACCAGUCUCUCCUCCGGAAGCUAACACGAAUCAUUACGGGCGUCGCUUCUACGAAACGAGCACUGCCACCUCAACUUCCGGUACACCCUCUAACAAACCACACCUAUCUCCACUGGAUUACGUUAAGAAUAAAAUCGUGGAGGUGAUGCGUACGUCCGAAGAUGAUAAAGCUGGAUCAACGGGAGGAGGAGGAGGAGAAAGAGAAAGUGGAAAUUCAUCGACCGUUGAGAAAGACGAUAAAUCCAAUAUGAACGUCGAUAGUCCUGCUAACAGCGAAAUGAUAGUUGACGAUACAUCCAACAAACAAGUCCAACAACAAUCAGCUAAUCAAGCUACCCCAGCUCCGCCAGCUCCCACUACUACUUUUUAUCCGUUCAGUGCAUUGGGUGUUCAUACUGGACCACCUCCAGCACCUCCACCUCCAACCUCAGUCUCAUCUGCCGUUUCCAAAUCCGAUCAAAUGCAACCGGAACCGGCACCUUUGCUUUCCGCUCAAUACGAGCCACUUUCGGACGAAGAUUGAUAGUCUGUUGUUCAUACUUUUUUAGUUAAGGCAAGCUGGAAAGCCAUGACGCUUUAUUUAUCAGGAUUUCGGGACGAUGUCGUAAUCAUAUUCGACAUAUACGAAUUGGGUAGAAGGACACGUGCAUAAAUUGCAUCAUAUAUUAACGUAUUAUACACGACACACACAUAGUAGACACACCAUAUAACUCUCGGACGAUUCA